AGAGAGAGAGAGAGAGAGAGAGAGAGAGUGAGUGCGUGCGUGCGUGCGUGUGUGUGUGUGUGUGUCCACAGCUGUCAACCUCAUCUGACACGAAGAUGAUGUAACCAAUACAACGUUACCCAAAAUGGCGGAACACCGAGAAGGCCAGGGGGAUGCAGACAGUGAAGGUGAGGCCUAUGAGGUUGUGGACUUGACAGAGUAUGCGCGCAGUCACCAGUGGUGGAGCAGAGUUUUUGGGAGUAACUCUGGCCCUAUUGCAGAGAAGUACUCUGUGGCCACUCAGAUCAUGAUGGGUGGGGUCACUGGCUGGUGCGCUGGAUAUCUUUUUCAAAGGGUGGGGAAAAUAGCUGCUACUGCAGUAGGUGGAGGGUUUCUCUUACUGCAGAUUGCAAAUCACAGUGGCUAUGUGCAAGUUGACUGGAAGAAAGUGGAGAAAGAUGUAAACAAAGCCAAGCGACAUUUGAAGAAGAAGGCCAACAAAGCAGUCCCUGAAAUAAACACCUUCAUUGAGGAGGCUACAGAGUUUGUCAAGAGGAACAUUGUGCUGUCCAGUGGGUUUGUUGGCGGAUUCUUGUUGGGUGUUGCCUCCUGAGCCAAACUGUUACAGGCCUGUGAAACAGAACUACACUAAUGCUGUGAGAAUGUGUCUCCUGUGAACCUCUGGAAGCUCUACUGUACUCUCAUGUUGCCAAUUGAUUAAUGAGUCUGCAAGACUGUCAGUCUUACAUAUUAAGUGAUGUUUGGAUUCCAUGCUGAAAUGGACGUGGAGGUUUAUCUUUAACUACAGCUCAUGUUUCCAUUCAACACGUUGACAAACAUGGACACACCCCCGGUCUUUAAUAUUAUGAUGUGCAAUUGUACUUGUCAUCAUACCAUCAUAUAUAUGUAUAUAUUACAGGCAUCUGAAGAGAGAAGAGAAAGUAAAUGUCAAAGGAUCACAUAAAAGUAAACAGUAAUUGUAACUUCUAAGUUAUUCCUUAUUUAACAGUGCAGAUGUUACGUAUUGUUACUACAAGAAAUGUGUUACUGUUUGUUUUAUGUAUUAUUUCUUAAGUUAAAUAAUGUCAUACCUUUUUCUACUAAUAUCUCUAUGUACUGUAUAGUGAUCACAUUUAUACGGGUACUUGAUACAUAGUCAAUAAAUAUAAUUUCUGCGCUCUUA